AUUUUCUAUCAAAUUUUAAUGAGGUGGAAGGAAUCACACCUGAGGUCACAAAAAUGUCUAUCACCGUAGAGGAGAGAAACUUCGGUCUGGUCACGAACCCGCUUACCGAAGCCCGGCAGAUGGUUCACUCCUACACACUAAAGAACACCAAGGGCAUGUCCGUGACGGUCAUCCAGCUUGGGGCCACUAUCCAGAGCAUCUUCUUUCCGGAUGGCUCCAAGAAGGUAGAGGAUGUGUGCCUCGGGUUCGACGACAUCGCUGGCUAUAUGACCAACAAGGCGGCCUAUAUGGGUGGAACCCUGGGGCGAGUGGCCAACCGAGUGGCCAGCGGUGGGUUUACUUUGGAUGAGACUACAGUCAACCUGACUAGGAAUUUUGAGGGCCAGUUUCAUCUGCACGGUGGAUUCUUGGGAUUCGACAGCGUCAUUUGGGAAGUGGUGCAGAAGACACCAGAGGGUGUUGUGUUUCGCCAUCAAUCCCAACAUGGUCACGAGGGCUAUCCAGGCAUUCUAACGUGCCUUAUCACCUACCGCCUGGACAAUGAGGACCGUUUGUCUAUUAGUUUCGAGGCCAACACUGACCGCCAGACAAUUGUCAAUCUCUCAAACCAUGCCUAUUUCAAUCUAGCUGGUCAUAAUGCAGGACCCAAAGGCCUUGCAGAGCACACGGUGGAGAUAGCAUCUAGUGAGAUUGUGGAAACAGAUGACCGGCAAAUUCCAACAGGAGAGUUAACCCUUGUUGAUAACACGGCUUAUGAUCUCAGGUCACCUGUGGUCCUGGGAGAUCGCCUCAAGCAGUUUGAGCAUCGUCCGAUCCAGGGUUUCGACAACUGCUAUGUGGUCAAUGGAGGUCAACUGUUGAGAUCUACCGUGAAGGUGGCCAAGAUAGUGCAUCCGCCAAGUGGUCGGGCACUAGAGGUAUGGACAAAUCAGCCAGGCGUUCAGUUCUAUACCGCCAAUAAUAUAACCAAGAUAACUGGCAAGAAGGGAUCCUUUUAUGUGAAACACGGCUCCUUCUGCGUCCAAACGGAGAAGUUUCCGGAUGCCGUAAAUCACCAGAAUUUCCCGUCAAUCAAUCUAAACCCUAAUGAAACAUACCGGCACGAAGUUGUGUACUGGUUUAAGGUUGAAAAGACCUGCAGGUGCUGUUAUAAAAAGUAACCACGAACCUCGUAAAUAAAGAUUCCUAACACCUUA